GGCCAAUCAGCACAAGCCACGGCAAGGUUUGGUGUUCCUUUAGCGACUGUGCCCAUUGCAUGUGUCGUGGUUCUAAAGGUGUACCGUCGGUUCUUGGGCACAACGCUGUUGGAAAUCAAGAGCGAGCAUGAAGGGUUUAUUAGUCGGUACAUUAGCGUGUACGUUAGUACUCACCGUGCGCGGGUUCUACUCCUCAAGCGACGACGUCGUGGAGCUCAACCCCUCCAACUUCAACCGCGAGGUUAUACAGAGUGACAGUUUGUGGCUGAUCGAGUUCUACGCGCCAUGGUGUGGUCACUGCCAGAGGCUGACGGAGGACUGGAAGAAAGUGGCCACCGCCUUAAAGGGAGUGGUGAAGGUGGGCGCGGUGGACGCCGACCAGCACAAGUCACUCGGCAGCCAGUACGGCAUCCGCGGCUUCCCCACCCUCAAGGUGUUUGGAGCCAAUAAGAACAAGCCUGAGGAUUACCAAGGUGCUCGCAGUAGCCAGGCCAUCAUCGACGGGGCCAUGAAUGCCGUGCGCUCUCUGGUGAAGGACCGGCUGGGUGGGAAAGCCGGAGGCUCCGACCAAGGCCGACAGAGCGGAGGUGGCAGCAGCGGCGGAGGCGGAGGCGGUGGAGGAGGAAGUAAGAAGGACGUUGUGGAGCUGACGGACGACAACUUCGACAGCCUGGUCCUGAACAGCGACGACGCUUGGCUGGUGGAGUUCUUCGCUCCCUGGUGUGGCCACUGCAAGAACCUGGAGCCGGAGUGGGCCGCUGCCGCCUCGGAGGUGAAGGAGCAGACCAAGGGGAAGGUCCGCCUGGGAGCCGUGGACGCCACCGUGCACCAGGGCCUGGCCAGCCGCUACGGGAUCCGGGGAUUCCCCACCAUAAAGAUCUUCCAGAAGGGCGAGGAGCCGGCGGACUACGAGGGUGGCCGGACCCGUUCCGACUUCGUGGCUCGAGCCCUGGACCUCUUCUCCGCCAACGCCCCCCCGCCGGAGCUGCUGGAGGUGUUAAACGAAGAGGUCCUGAAGACCACCUGUGAACACUACCAGCUGUGCAUCAUCGCUGUGCUCCCACAUAUUCUGGACACAGGUGCAUCUGGCAGGAACGCUUACCUGGACGUGAUGAUGAAAAUGGCUGACAAGUACAAAAAGAAGAUGUGGGGAUGGCUGUGGACGGAGGCCGGCGCUCAGAUGGACCUGGAGAGCGCCCUGGGCAUCGGUGGCUUCGGCUAUCCCGCCAUGGCCGCCAUCAACGCCCGCAAGAUGAAGUUCGCCCUGCUCAAAGGCUCCUUCAGCGACACCGGCAUCCACGAGUUCCUCAGGGACCUCUCGGUGGGGCGUGGCUCUACUGCGACCGUCGGGGGAGGGGUCCUGCCCAAAAUCUACGCUGUGGAGCCCUGGGACGGCAAGGAUGGAGAGCUGCCCGUGGAGGAUGACAUCGACCUGAGCGAUGUGGAGCUCGACGACCUGGAGAAGGACGAGUUGUGAGUCCGAUGGGGUCGACCGACGGGGUCAGGGGUCAGGGGUCAAGCCCCCCCGCCCCAUCCUGGCCGCACAGGCACCGUUUCAGCCCCCCCUCCCCUCCCAUUUCUCCUCUCCUGUGGAAGAGGGGAAACCUGGACCGCUUUAGGUUUUUUUUUUUUUGGGUUUUGUUUGUUUGUUUCUGAUUUUUUGAUUUUAUUUGUAUUUUUAUUUUAAGAACGAAAGAAGAUAAAUGCUCAAACAGCUUUGCUACCUUGUCUAGAAAGCAGGCGGGGCGUCCUAUGUGCCGUGGGGGAGGGGGCUUCGACAGUGUCCAGUGGACCGGUUGGCCACAGCGGGUAGACGGGACGUGCCCCCACCCCUCUGCACGGGCUGAGCCAGUCGAUCUGUCUGUGGGAAAAGAUUUCGGACACAUCCGGAGUCUCCGCCCACCCUCAAGACCUCUUCCCCCCCCCCCCCCCCCUUGUGAAAUUGAACUGACUGACGACAAUAUCGCGGUUUUUUUUGUUUGUUUGUUUUUUCUGUUCACAUCCUGCUGUGAUUUAGCCGAGAAGUACAAGUCAAUGUCAUCCGUGUGCUUUCGCUGAGGGAGGAGGUAAUAAUAAAAAUAAUUGGUAUUUGUCUUGUAUAUUAUUUUUUCAUACUCCGCUCUUAAUUUUGAAUGUGGGAAUAAAAUGUUUUUGGAAAAAAGAACAGAACAA